UGUUCGACUUCAUGCGGCGCUGCGCAGACCGAUCGGUGGCUGACUUGAAGCAGUGCAUUCCGGUUAGUACUUUUGUCCGACUUAAGCUGGCGCUGCAGGCACGUGACUGUGUCAUGUGGUUUUUAAGUACCGCGAGAGCGAUUCGAGAUCAGCCGCCGGAGUCAGCCAGCGCAGCUUGCAAAGAGGAGCUGCACGGGCUGUAAUGACGACACAGCUGUUUCACCAUUGGUCGGAUUCACCACAUGACAACAAUCACGUGUGUUUCGUGCUUAUUUUCACGCCCUCAGUUCCACAAAUGCUCACAAAUCUGUAUUUUAUAACAGUUAAAGCUAUUUUCAUGUAGUCGCGAUGUUAUAUUGUUUCAUCUUCAUCAAAAUAAAAUGGAUAAAAAACGUAGACCCAACUACAUUGGUAUUUAAAUAAUUUAUGCUUAUUUUGAACUUUAUUCUUGUAAAAACAGAUGCUGUAAGCCUCUUCAGUUCCACUCAUGCUCAUACACGGACAUUCAAAACAGUAUAAUUCAUUUUUUAUGCAGUUUACAUCUUACAAAUCAUGUUUAAUGCAAUUAAGCAAGCAAACGGCACGUGAUCAGCCAUGCCUGACGUAAAUGCAGCAAACUUCGGGAACCACAGCGCGUCCGACUUCACGUCUCCGUUUUCAGCUCCUCCCCGCCUGCACGCGGCUAAUCUCGCCGAUCGGUUACAUCCAGCCACAGCCGAUGUCGAACACACCUACUGGUUCACUCCUGUAGCGAACCACCUGACUGCUUUGACAGCCCGAUCCGGGGUUGACCGGUUUGAAACGUGGCGGCUGUAUUUCUUAUAAAAGUGAAGCCAAACCAUGGCGAUACCGUGGGUUAUAGUAGUCGGAGUUUGGAUUGUCGUUGUUGUUGAGGAGAUUGUAUUGAGAUUAUUUCAUUGUUGUGAUGGAGCCAGCGAGAAAGAGGAGUCGUUCCCAAGUUUGGGAACACUUUCAACUUAUUUCCCCGAAUAAGGUUAUUUCUUUGGCAUUUCUGCAUAGUUUUAUUUUUGUGUGAUUUUUUUUGUAAAACAAAAAAUAAUUAAUAAACUAAUGUUAUCAAAACACAAAUAUUUUCUUUACAUUGUUAUUUCAAAGUCUCAAUCAAUUUGUAUGAUUUGUGAUUUUUAAAUGCUUUUUCUCUUAGAUUGAUUUCUAAUUUCCGUGAAGCACUUUGAACUUUGCAAUUGAUCAAUAAAAAUUAAAAUGAAGCAGGUCCUUCGCUAGCAACACAGAAAAAGCAAAAAGCGCAAACGGGCAUUAAAUAUUAAUAUGACGUUGAUUUUAUUGUUUUAUUAAUUGAUAUUCACAAAACUUAUCAACAAAACAUCGAUUAAAAUUAAGAGACAAAUUAUAUGAAACGAAUUUUAUUUUAAAGUAGCAAACAAAACUUGAAUUAAACUUAAAAUAAUGUCUCACCCAUUACAAUUCUCCCUUCAUAUUGGCCUUUACAACUCCCUAGUCGGCGUUUAUAAUUACAGUCUCUCUUUCGUAAUAAGCUAACUAAAUUUAACAAAACAUAAACAACAUUACAACAAUAUUCAAACCCAACAAUACUCAAACAAAUAUAAAAAAGACAUUAUCUAUAUGGAUACAUGUUAAAACAAUCUGAUAUUACGUUUUUAAUAUCUGGUUGGUAGAUGUUUACUAUUUUUGGCAAAACCUCCGUUGCAAACCUCCAUUUACCUGAAUAAAAAUAAUUUUUACUUUGAAAACGAUGCACUGUCACGUUAACAUCAGUUGUUCGUUUAUAAGAAUCGGUCUACGUUCAUUUACACUGCAGCGCAACAUCUGAGUUCUCAAACUAAAACAGUGUCUGCAGCGUUUGCCAACAAAUCAGUUUAUGAGGGUCGAAAACGGUGGUGUAGCGUAAAUGAAAUGCGUAAACGUAGUAAAAGUAACGCGUUUUAAAAGAUGAAUGCAUUAAUGUAAAAAUAGCCUAUGUGUAUGAAAUGUGAUACAAAUAAAAUUGCCUUGCCUAUAUGUAAUUGCAAUGAUUCUCACACAGAUCAACAUUGUUGUUACAGGUUCAGUGCUUGGUGUGUGAUCAGCAAUUGGCGUAUAAUAAUAAUACGUCUUCCAUGCUGAGGCAUUAUAGGGCUAAGCAUGAGCAGUCUGGAGGGUCAAUGGAAAACUCCAGCUCUCAAGUGAAUCGCAAGCAACAGCUUGAUGAGGCUCUAGUGGACAUGAUUGUGGAGGAUUCACAGCCUUUCUCUAUUGUGGAUGACAGUGGCUUUAAAGCAUUUGUGGCUAAGCUUGACCCCACUUAUGCACUACCAUCCAGGCAGGCUCUGAAGGUCAUGGUGGACCACAAAUAUGAGGAGCAGAAGCAGAAGGCCAUGGCUGAGCUACAGAAGACAGAGGGUGUGAGCCUAACUGCAGAUAUGUGGACCUCUAUUAAUAUGGAUGCGUAUCUGGCCGUUACAUGCCAUUAUGUAGAUGACAAGGAUAACCUUGCCACAGUACUUCUGGGGGUACGGUCAUUUCCAAAAGCUCACACUGCGGAGAACCUUGCAGAGGCCAAGAGGUUGCUCUUUGAAGAAUGGGGUAUACAGAGCAAAAUAAAAUCCCUGGUCACUGAUGCUGCUUCAAAUAUGAUAGCCAUUGCCAACAACUUAAAGAUUAGGCAUGUUAUAUGCAUCGCACAUGCCUUGAAUUUGGUAGUCAAGAAGUCCCUUGAUGCAACUCCUGGUCUGGAAGAUAUUAGAACAAGAGCACGAAGGAUGGUGACUUACUUUAAGACCAGUACCACAGCAAAAGAGCGGCUCAGAGAGAAACAGGAACAAAUGGCACGUCCAGUGAAGAAGCUGAUUCUGGAGGUUGAUACACGCUGGAACAGUACCUAUUUAAUGCUUCAGCGUAUAUAUGAAGAGAGAGAACCAGUGGGUGCAGCACUGGCUACACUGAGAACUGAUGUGGCUCCUCUGACAUCAGAAGAAUAUUUUGCAAUAUCUGAGUGCAUGAAAGUGCUAGCCCCAUUCCAGGUGGCCACCGUUGAACUUUCUGAGGAGAAGAGAGUAUCUGGCUCUAAGGUCAUUCCCAUGAUGAAAAUGUUGCGAUACACAAUAAAUGAAACCCUCAAAACCAUUUCCAAUGACACUGCAAUGCAGCUGGGACAGAAUCUGUCAAGAAGAUUAGCAGAUAAAUUUUCAGCCCUUGAAUCAACAAGUGUUUUGACACUAGCUACACUGCUAGAUCCAAGAUUUAAAACAUUUGGUUUUCAUAAUCAUAUACAGGCCCAGACGGCAAUUGGACGACUAACAUCUGAAUGCACAGCAUUAAUCAGAGACACUGCUCAUCAAACCUCUAGCCACUCAGCACAGCCAGAUACAGCACAGAAUCUUGAAAGUACAGGUCAAGAUCAGUUGAACCUUUGGGAACUGCUGGACAACGAUGCAAGUAAUGCAAGGAGGAACAAAAGUGCAACAUCAGAUGCAACCAUAGAGGUCCAGCGCUACAUGACCGAUCCCCCACUGCAGCGUUCUGCUGACCCUCUUGCUUAUUGGUCCACCCACAAAGCAAUAUAUCCUCAUUUAUACCAGCUUUCUAAACUGUUUUUGUGUACCCCUGCAUCAUCUGUGCCAUGCGAGAGAAUAUUCUCUAAAGCUGGUGAAAUAGUUUCAAAAAAAAGAAAUCGUCUGUCACCAAAGACUGUGGAGAAAAUAAUAUUUUUGAAUAAAAACCAUAAUAUUUAAUGAAUACAUUCCUCAUCAUUGUCUAAGCCCUCUUCAUGUACCCAAAGCACACCCUCUGCCACAU